AUGCGGAGCAAGUCGAAAUCAGCGCUUUCAAAACUGCCGGAUGGUCCAAUCGAGCAAUCGCCAAGCAUCUCAAGACAUCGAAGAUGUCGUCAAGCUUCCAAUACCAUGAAAACGUGCAAUGCGAUCAAACGGGGUUUGAACCUCAACGUCUCGAAGACGACAGUCUGGAGAGUCAUUGAUCAGGAUCCGAACAUCAAAAGACAAGUCAUGAGGCCGUGCCCACGUCUGGGGAGCCACCACAAGACUCGACGGCUGGAUUUUGCUCGAAGCAACAUGGCUACCGAUUGGAAGACGGUGAAUUGGAGACACUGCGUAUGAGAACUGGCUAUCUUUUUUCAGUUGAUCUUUUCGGACAAGAAGAAGUUUAACCUCGAUGGGCCGGACGGUUACAAACAUUACUGGCACGAUCUGCGGAAAGACCGGCUUCGUUUCUCCAAACGAAACUACGGCGGCGGAAGUGUUAUGUGCUGGGGUGCUUUUUCGUCCGACGGUUUCUUGGAAAUCUUCUUCGUCGAUGGUCGUCUGGAUUCGGCCCGUUAUCAAGAUCUUCUCCGGACCCAACUGCUUCCGUUCAAACGUCGUUUCAACCGCCGUCGCUUUGUCUUCCAGCAGGACAACGCGCCUUGCCAUGCGAGUCGGUCGACCAUGGAUUGGCUCCAGUCUAAGAACAUCGACACUCUUCCUUGGCCGGCUUGCAGCCCAGACCUGAAUCCUAUGGAAAAUGUGUGGGGAGCGCUCGUGCGUCGUGUGUAUUCGCAAAGAAUGCAGUAUCAGUCGGUCGGAGCACUCAAGGCCGAUAUACUUUUGGCCCUAUACUUUUGA